AUGGGAACCGGACAACAAUUCAGUCAGCAUUUGGUGAAGUCUAUUGAGGCCAACUUGAAGUCGGCCAGGUGCUUCACGGUGACGUUGUAUGACCGGGAUAACUCCGAAUUCACCGUAGCAGAGACCACUCCGACAGGUUCUUUCUCCUUGGGUACUUACAGAGUAUCACUUGCCUCUCGGACAUGUGACUGCGGGUACUUCCAGGCGCUUCAUUUCCCGUGUCAGCACGCACUUGCAUGUUGUGCCUACGUACGGGUUACCUGGACCUCUUACGUUCACAGCGUCUAUCAGAUUAGUUCGGUGUUCAGUGUGUAUCGGAUGAGAUUCACACCUCCAAUCCGGGAGGGCUUCUGGCCACCUUACGACGGGCCCACGGUGAUUCCGGGCCCUGACAGGAGGCGUGCGAGAGAGGGUCAUCCUAGAUCCACGAGGAUACGGAUGAAUAUGGACGAGGCAGAUCCGAACUGGCCAAAGAGGUGUGGCCUCUGUCGCCAACCCGGACACACACGACGUAGCUGUCCACAGCUUGGAGGAUUGUCUCAGACAGGGGGCCAUUAG